AUGGCGUCGUUUAUGGAGAUUACAACUGGAAGCAUUUUAGUUGACUGUCCAGUUUCAACAUUUGAAAACACCUACGGGUACCAAGAAAACACCUACGGGUACCAAGAAAACACCUACGGGUACCAAGAAAACACCUACGGGUACCAAGAAAACACCUACGGGUACCAAGAAAACACCUACGGGUACCAAGAAAACACCUACGGGUACCAAGAAAACACCUACGGGUACCAAGAAAACACCUACGGGUACCAAGAAAACACCUACGGGUACCAAGAAAACACCUACGGGUACCAAGAAAACACCUACGGGUACCAAGAAAACACCUACGGGUACCAAGAAAACACCUACGGGUACCAAGAAAACACCUACGGGUACCAAGAAAACACCUACGGGUACCAAGAAAACACCUACGGGUACCAAGAAAACACCUACGGGUACCAAGAAAACACCUACGGGUACCAAGAAAACACCUACGGGUACCAAGAAAACACCUACGGGUACCAAGAAAACACCUACGGGUACCAAGAAAACACCUACGGGUACCAAGAAAACACCUACGGGUACCAAGAAAACACCUACGGGUACCAAGAAAACACCUACGGGUACCAAGAAAACACCUACGGGUACCAAGAAAACACCUACGGGUACCAAGAAAACACCUACGGGUACCAAGAAAACACCUACGGGUACCGAAUAUUUUCACCCUCCUCUAUCACUAUCAGCCCACCGCGCUGCUUGGGGCAACAUAAAAAAAUGGGGAUAUUUUUAUUGCGUCGUCUCAAACGGUCCAACAUAGGUAAUUUCUGUUUCACAAUACGUUUAUAA